AUGGCGGCGCCGGCAAGCUUCCGAUGUUUCGACGGAGAGUCUGAAGAAUGGGAACUGUACAAAGAACAGUUGGAGCAGUUUUUUGUAUCCAAUAAGAUUGCCAACGAUAUGAAAAAAGCCGUUCUAAUCAACCAUUUGAGUGCGACGACAUACAAGCUGCUGAGAGAUUUGUGUACACCGCACCAACCGAAAGAGAAAGAUUAUGAUUUCUUGUGCAAGGCUCUGUCAACUGUUACCGCCGAUGGUUUGAGCGGAAAGGCUUUCGAUCGGGUCUGCGAAGAAGACGAGAAGCUAUCGUUGGACAAGGCUCAGGAAAUAGCAUUGAAAUACGAGCUGGAUACGUAUGCAAGCGUUAAUUAUACCAGAGGAGUACGACACCCGGGAAAGCAAGCAACGGAAUAUGGAUCAAAGGAACCUCAGCGAACGGACAAACGUUUUGAUGGCGGAUCAAAAAGGUGCUUAGUGUGCAACAAAAUGGGCCACCAGCGAAAGGACUGUCGCUAUCGGAGUCUAACAUGCAGGGUAUGCAAUAAAAAGGGUCAUCUGCAAGCGGCCUGCGGCAAACAGCAAGCAUUUUAUAUGCCAACCACCAGUCACGUAAACCAGGAAAACGAUCCCGAUAGUGAGUCGGAAAUCCAGUUGGAACAAAAUUAUAUCAGUGAGUCAAUUGUUCUUGUGAACAAAAUAAGUUCUAAAGAAGAAGAAGAAUUUAAGGUAGAAGUGAGAAUAGCGAAUCAGACAUAUAACAUUGAAAUAGAUUCAGGGGCAGGAGUGUGUGUUUUUCCUGAAUCUUUGUACCAAAGUGCUUUGAGUAGUUAUAGGCUAGAGGACACGUCUUUGAAGCUAAUGCUCUAUUCGGGAGAAAAAUUGAAUGUGCUAGGGGCUAUCAAACCAGUGAUUGAGUAUAAGGGGAUUUCCAAAACAGUGUUGGUAGUAAUAGUGCAAGAAGCUGGUCCUCCCUUACUAGGGAAGAAUUUCAUGAAAGCCUUCGGAAUUCGUUUGGCACUAAUAAACAAAAUAAUGUCAGGUACUGAACGAAAACUGAUGGAAUUGUUGGAGAAGUACAAAGGCCUUUUUGCCGAUGAGUUGGGGAAGUAUAAGUAUGAAACUAUUACCCUUGAAAUAGAACCAGAGGCAAGUCCGAUUUUCAAGAAACCUCGACAGGUUCCGUUUAAGUUCCAUGAGAAGAUGGUGAAGGAAUUGGAUGACAUGGAACAGUCUGGCAUUAUUACGAAAUGUGAUAGUUCUCCAUGGGGUACCCCGUUGGUACCAGUUCUCAAGCCAGGAGGAGGAUUAAGGCUUUGUGGAGACUAUAAAGUGACGGUCAACAAGCAUAUCAAGGAUGUAAAGCAUCCACUUCCAACGGCGGACGAAAUCUUUGCAAAACUUAACGGAGGAAAAAAAUUUUCCAAGCUUGAUCUGUCGAAAGCUUACAAUCAGUUUGAAUUGUCUGAAUCUUCAAAAGAACUGUGUGCAAUUUCAACCGUGAAAGGGGUUUACAAGAUGAACCGGUUACCGUUUGGUGUUAAACCGGCUUCCGGUAUCGUACAACGGGAACUUGAGAAACUUUUCUGUGGUAUUCCCGGAGUACAAAACUUUUUGGAUGACGCGGUGAUUACGGGAGAUAAUGAUGAGGAGCAUUUGGAAAGGCUCGAAAAAGUGUUCGAAGUGCUCGAUAAAGCGGGUUUGAAACUGAAUAGACAAAAGUGCCAGUUCUUCAAAAAUGAUGUUAAUUUUCUGGGAUAUGUGAUAAAUGAGAAUGGGCUGAAGAAAACGGACGAACGUAUCCGAGCGAUACGAGACGCACCGGAGCCGAAGAAUGUUAGUGAAGUCAGGGCGUUUGCUGGUUUAGUCAACUACUAUGCUAAGUUCGUGGAUAAUUUAGCUACGAUGAUGAGUCCGAUCUAUAAAUUAUUGAAAAAGGAAAUAAAGUUUAAGUGGAGCGAAGAGUGCAGGAUUGCUUUCAAUCGAGUGAAAGCGGAAAUUUGUCGUGAUGUCACUUUGGCGCACUUUGACCCGACAGCGAAACUAAUCCUUACGUGUGACGCCUCUAAUGUAGGAGUCUCCGCUGUCUUAUGCCAGGAAAUAAACGGAAUCGAACGACCAGUUGCUUUUGCAUCCCGGAUUUUACAUGCUUCGGAGGUCAACUACAGUGUAAUCGACCGCGAGGCACUGGCAAUCAUGUAUGGAGUGAACAAGUACUUCUUGUAUUUGGUGGGGAAUAAGUUCACAAUUAGAACGGAUCACAAACCCUUGCUGAGUUUAUUUCAUCCUCGCAAAGGCAUUCCAACGAUCGCAGCCAGUCGAAUGCAAAGGUGGGCGCAUUUUUUGUCUGGAUUUAACUACGAGAUUGGACAUGUCAAAUCCAAAAUGAAUGUGGCUGAUUUUCCGUCGCGUUUCCCUACGGAGUCAUGGAAGCUAUGGAAAGAAGAAGAUUCGUAUUUGAAUUUUAUUAAUCGAGAAGAAUGUGGUUUACUAUCGUUGGAGGAAUUGAAAGUGGUUUCUGAAAAUGAUGUACACUUACAGAACAUUAUGCAGUAUCUGAAAGGACAGACAGAUAGAGAAACGCUGAAGGCGGGGCCUUACUGCAGGUUCAUUGACGAAUUGUCUUUGGAAGGUGGCAUUGUUAUGCGAGGGCAUAGGGUCGUUGUACCUGAUGCCGCAAGAAGUAAAGUUUUGAACCAGAUUCAUAGUUCUCAUUUGGGUAUAGUCAAGACCAAAAGCAUCGCAAGAGCAAAUGUGUGGUGGCCCAACAUUGAUGGCGAUAUCGAGAUGCUAAUCAAAAGCUGCUCAGCAUGUGUCUUACAUAACCAAUCACCACCCAAGGCGCCAUUGAUUCCAUGGGAACCUCCAUCAAAUGUAUGGAGUCGUGUGCACGUAGAUUUUGCAGGACCUGUGCAUGGUUGGAGUUAUCUUAUUAUUAUUGAUGCAUUCUCCAAAUGGGCUGAAGUAUUUCCAACAAAAAGUAGCACAUCAGAUUUUGUCUUAGAAAAGUUAAUGGAAUGUAUCGCGCGGUUCGGUUUGUUCGACGAAAUGGUAAGCGACAAUGGAACCCAGUUUGUAUCAGGUGUAGUAAAAACAUUUCUAGCGGCUAAUGGCAUCAAGCAGACGCUGACUAGUCCGGGGCACCCUUCAACUAAUGGCGAAGCUGAGAAUAUGGUCAAAACGUUUAAAGCUGCUUUGAUUAAGAGUCUUUCGACGAGUAGAAAUGAUGUGCGAGGUAUCGUGGCCAAUUUUUUGAUGGGCUAUCGCAAAGCAACACACUGUACAACACAAGUAGCUCCUGUCGAAGCGAUGUUGGGGCGAGACAUAAAAUCAUCGCUAGAUCGAUUCAAUCCACGACAGUUAUCAAACGACAAAAUAACGAAAGCUUAUAUUACCCGAAACAUCCUGAGACAACAGAAAUCUCAAAUAAAGAAUUACGGAGGUACAAGGAAUACAACUUUCGUCGUUGGCGAUAAGGUAAUUGUAAGAGACUACAAGGAUCCAAAUAAACCAGCUUGGACUUCUGCAAUAGUGCGCAAUGUUUUGGGACAACGGAACUACAGGGUGGAGUUAACUGCAAACGGAAGAAUGAUCAAACGUCAUUUGGAUCAAAUGAGACGAGACACUCGGCCAACCACUGAGACAUUGGAAAAGGAAAACGAAAGGCAUGUUGACAGCAGUAAUCGUCGCAGUAUUGUCGGAAAUUCAGCAUUCGUUCCAGUAAAGCGAAUGUGGGAAGGCGUGUCCCAUGGACACAUGCAAGACACCUCCGUCCGAACGUUGUAUCACAACGACCCAAAUAUUUCUGUUUUGCACGCAGGAAACUCACGUACUGUGGAGAACACGGGUCCCACGGAAAACGAUAUAGCGGACCUUUCGAAUAGCCUAGAGAGUUUGCACUUAGAUGAAAACCUUAGGGGAGAGCAAAAUGAAUCUGACGGUUCUGAAUUCUUUGAGGCAUCUGAUGGUGACUUUGAACCAAACAUUUCAAGGGACAGUGAUGAAGAUUUAGUCGUUAGUGGUUUCGAUAGAGGUUUCUGGCGGCUCAGAGAUUCGGAAGGCAGAAUUUUCAAAAAGUAG